AUCCGGGACGAGGAAGACCAAGGAAGAUCAUCAAGCAGCAAGAAAACAAGCUUAUCCCGUAAGCAUCCAUCGCCAUCCCCACACCCAACUCCACACUACAACCUCAACUCGGCUACUACCAAACAAGCCAACAGCCCAAGUACAGCAGACAUGCGUCCCCAUCCCUGAUAUCCCACUCCUCCCUGCCCCAACUCCGGCCGCCAACAAAUCCCACUUCCCCAGGCACAGCUCCAGCUCGCAUCCCUCCCCCGCGCCGCCGGGCACGCACGCCGGAACACCACCCUGCGCCCGCUGUCUCGGGAGGAGGCGCCGAUCGGAGCAGCAGCAUUUGGGAGGAGAGUUUGUAAGCAGGGUGUUAGGCGGCGAGCGGCGAGAUGAGCAUGUACGGGAGGGACCCGUGGGGCGGGCCGCUGGAGAUAUGCCACGACUCGGCGACGGACGACGACCGGAGCCGGAACCUGGACAUCGACCGGGGGGCGCUGUCGCGGACGCUCGACGAGACGCAGCAGAGCUGGCUGCUGGCGGGGCCUGGGGACCAGGGCCGCAAGAAGAAGAGGUACGUCGACAUCGGGUGCCUCGUCGUCAGCCGCAAGCUCUUCGUCUGGACGGUCGCGGUGCUUGUCGCCGCCGCCGUGUUUGCGGGGGUCGUCGCCGGGAUCGCCAAGGCCAUCCCCAGGCACCACCGCCCGCUGCCGCCGCCAGACGACUACACCGUCGCGCUGCACAAGGCGCUCAUGUUCUUCAAUGCCCAGAGAUCCGGCAAGCUUCCGAAGCACAACAAUGUACCAUGGCGUGGUAACUCUUGCAUGAAGGAUGGACUCUCGGACCCAGCGGUCCGGCGAAGCCUGGUCGGCGGGUAUUAUGACGCUGGCGAUGCCGUCAAGUUCAACUUCCCAGCAGCCUUCUCCAUGACCCUACUCAGCUGGAGCGUCAUUGAGUACAGUGCUAAGUACGAGGCUGUUGGGGAACUUGGCCAUGUCCGUGACAUUAUCAAGUGGGGAGCCGACUAUUUCUUGAAGACCUUCAACUCCACGGCUGAUAGCAUUGAUCGUGUCGUUGCACAGGUGGGGAGUGGUGCAACAUCGCCUGGUUCAACUCAGCCCAAUGAUAAUUAUUGUUGGAUGAGGCCAGAGGACAUCGACUACCCACGUCCAGUGGUCGAGUGCCACGCUUGUUCCGAUCUUGCUGCUGAAAUGGCCGCGACAUUGGCCGCGGCAUCCAUUGUAUUCAAGGACAAUAAGGAUUACUCGCAUAAGCUGGUACAUGGUGCUACCACUCUCUUCCAGUUUGCAAGGGAUCGGCGGGGGAGGUAUAGUGCAGGCGGUUCAGAUGCUGCAAGGUUCUACAAUUCAACCAGUUACUGGGAUGAGUUUGUGUGGGGUAGCUCAUGGAUGUACCUUGCCACCGGCAAUUCAUCAUACUUGACUCUGGCCACACACCCCAAGCUUGCAAAGCAUGCUGGUGCUUUCUGGGGUGGUCCGGACUAUGGUGUGUUCAGCUGGGACAAUAAGCUCACUGGUGCACAGGUUCUUCUAAGCCGAUUAAGGCUUUUCUUGAGUCCUGGAUAUCCAUAUGAAGAGAUCUUGAGGACAUUCCACAAUCAAACUAGCAUUAUCAUGUGUUCAUACCUUCCAAUCUUUAAAUCUUUCAAUAGAACAAAAGGUGGCUUGAUUCAGUUAAAUCACGGGAAGCCACAACCUCUUCAGUAUGUGGUCAACGCUGCAUUUCUUGCUUCUGUUUUCAGUGACUAUCUUGAGGCUGCCGAUACCCCUGGGUGGUACUGUGGCCCCCAUUUCUACUCUAUUGAGGUUCUUCGCAAUUUUGCAAGGACUCAGGUCGAGUACAUCUUAGGCAAAAAUCCUUUGAAGAUGAGCUAUGUUGUUGGGUUUGGAAACCAUUACCCUAAGCAUGUUCACCACCGGGGUGCCUCAAUCCCCAAGAAUGGUGUUCACUACGGCUGCAAAGGAGGGUGGAAGUGGAGGGACAGCAAGAAACCGAACCCUAAUAUCAUCGUAGGGGCCAUGGUUGCUGGCCCCAAUCGCCAUGAUGGAUUCAGAGAUGUCCGCAAGAAUUACAACUACACUGAAGCAACGCUAGCAGGCAAUGCUGGUCUAGUCGCAGCAUUGGUAGCUUUGUCGGGUGAAGGCCACGGGGUGGACAAGAACACUAUGUUCUCUGCUGUGCCGCCCAUGUUCCCUUCACCACCGCCUCCUCCAGCACCAUGGAAACCAUAGUGGCUGCAACUAUCCGAUUCUUUUGUACACUACGUAUUUAGGUUGGUGUUUUCUUUCUUCUCAUAGUGCUGUGGAUCUAACAAGUGAAGAUGUAGCAUCGCCAUCUUUUUUGGUUUUUAAGUGUCGUAUAAUUGCCAUGCUGUGUAAGGACUAAGUUGUUAUGUUAUGAAUUUCUGUGUUCUAAUUCAGUAACAGUUAUGUGUUUUC